AUGGCGCGGCUCAUUCGCGCGAUUUCUGCGCUUCCUACCCUCCUUAUCCUUCUACUCGCGAUCGUCAUACGGAUCCCUUCCGCAUUUGCAAAUGUCGACCUUUACACCGUGUGCGGUCGACAAGAGGCAGAGGAUGGCACGGUGUCGUUCAAAGUAGUCACGUACAACACGUUGCUCCCCAUCAGCCAGCCGGUCUCGCCGCUUGACGCGGUCAUUCCUCCCAAGGGCCUCGUUAGCGUCACGGGCGACUGCACAUACGCCGUCGACUCGGCAUGCAACAUCGUAACUAAACUCCCCCAAUGCAAGGCCAGCACGUGCUGCGUCUACUCUAAGGGUCCAUUCCGUCUGGCUCUAAGCCCCGCGUGCUCCUCUCCAGAUUGCCGCGCUUGGGCGACUGAGUUCUCCGGUCGCUGCCUCGGCGGCGUUGGAACGCCGAGGCGCGCGAGCAGGCGAUUAAGCGGACGUACAGAGUUUCUUAGUUGGUUUAGACAGUCAGCAGCCAUGCAGAUCUUCGUGAAGACCCUGACGGGCAAGACUAUCACCCUUGAGGUGGAGUCGUCCGACACGAUCGACAAUGUGAAGGCCAAGAUCCAGGACAAGGAGGGAAUCCCUCCCGACCAGCAGCGCCUUAUCUUCGCCGGCAAGCAGCUCGAGGACGGCCGCACGCUCGCGGAUUAUAACAUUCAGAAGGAGUCUACCCUCCAUCUGGUGCUGCGCCUGCGUGGUGGUGCCAAGAAGCGCAAAAAAAAGACGUACACCAAGCCUAAGAAGAUCAAGCACAAGAAGAAGAAGGUGAAACUCGCGGUGCUGCAGUUUUACAAGGUGGACGACAGCGGCAAGGUUCAGCGCCUGCGUAAGGAGUGCCCGAACCCCGACUGCGGCCCGGGUACCUUCAUGGCUAACCACUUCGACCGCCAUUACUGCGGCAAGUGCGGCCUGACCUACGUGUACAAGAAGGAAGGCGGUGACGAGUAA